UUGCCCCGUUUCUCAGCUCCAGCUCUGUGAAAUUAGCGAAUACUGCAGCAAGAAGUGAGGAGUGUGUUGUGUGUGUAUGUGUAUAUGUGUGUCACGAUCAAGAGGAAAGGAUUAAUAUUUAUAAGAAGCUCUCACCUGGCUGCUGACAGAGAUGGCAGCCAUACGGAAGAAGCUGGUGAUUGUCGGGGAUGGAGCUUGCGGGAAAACAUGUCUCCUCAUUGUUUUCAGUAAAGAUCAGUUUCCUGAAGUCUACGUCCCGACGGUGUUCGAGAACUACAUCGCUGAUAUCGAGGUUGAUGGAAAACAGGUGGAGUUGGCGUUGUGGGAUACCGCAGGCCAAGAGGACUACGACAGGUUGAGGCCUCUCUCCUACCCCGACACAGAUGUCAUCCUUAUGUGCUUCUCCAUCGACAGCCCAGACAGUUUAGAAAAUAUCCCUGAGAAGUGGACGCCUGAGGUGAAGCACUUCUGUCCCAAUGUUCCCAUCAUCCUGGUGGGGAACAAGAAGGACCUGAGGAACGACGACAACACACGGAGAGAGCUGGCCAAGAUGAAGCAGGAGCCAGUGAAGGCAGAAGAAGGCAGAGACAUGGCCGGCAGGAUCAACGCUUUUGGCUAUUUGGAGUGUUCCGCCAAGACCAAGGACGGCGUGCGGGAAGUGUUCGAGAUGGCCACUAGAGCGGCGCUGCAGGUCCGCAAGCGCAAGAAGAGAGGCGGCUGCGCGCUGCUGUGAGCAGUCCAAACGCCCUGAAAUCAACUGACCAAUAGGAAAAGAAAAAAACAACACAUGAGAAGGACUGACCUUUACCAAAUGGCAUCUUUGUACUGUAUCUCGCAUUUCACGAUAACAGGCAGGCAGAUGAGUCAAAUGCAAACAAACCGAAUACAGGAAAUUGGACUUUGUCUAUAUUACAACCGUGGUUAGAAAUUGAUGUUUAAAGUUCCUUGUUGAUUUGCUUUUUUUUUUUUUUUCUUUUUUUUUUAAAUCUGUCUUUACACAUAGAAUGUUUUCCUACUUGUUUUUCUUUAUACUUGUAAUGUAACGAGGCAGCGAUAGAUGCACAUAUUUGUACGCAAUAUUGUUCUUCACGAGCUUGAGUGAGCAGCAUCGUAUAAAAUCUUUAUGAGUAAGAUCCAAACAGUCCAGUCUGUCCUGUUCAUCUGUUUAUCAUGGUAGUCCUGAUCUUUUGACCAUAAGAUUUAGUGCCUUUUCUUUUUUUUUAAGUUUGUACACCACCGUCUAUUUCUCAUGUUUGUCAGCUAGGUAACAUUUCAGCUGAGGGACUCUCCAUUGUACUGUAGCUAGUGUUGUGAAACCUGAGCUAAGCCAUAAGUAAGGCUUUCAGUUGCUGUUGACCCGGCAAGCACAACAAAUGGUUGCUUGUAAUUUUUUGUUACCGUUCCCUCAACAUUUACCAUUGAGGAUAAAGAAAGUAGCUGCCUCAUGUAAAAAUAUUAAUAAGAGCUGAUUAUUCACAUGCAUCAUAUCUAUCGCUAAUCGGUGCAGUGGACCUAGAUGUGGGGGGGGAGAACUGGCCAAUCGAGACACAAGCCAAUAUGACUCAACUAUGCACAAUAAAACCGAAAUGAAGGCCAAAGCCUGGUGAAACCUCCCUUGUUUGUUUAUUGCGAGUGACUGAGUUCAGCUACAAUUCAAGGGAGCCGCUGAGUCACGCCCGCUGUUGGAAUCCUGUGUGUUGGACGGGUUAGUCCAGUCGUGGAAAUCAUGCCCUUUAGGAGCCUUCGCGUGUGGAUGUUUUCCAGUCGGACGACAUUCUUUACAUGUUUGAGAGGAGCUGAGUUGUGUCUGUGUGAGGAGUUUGUUUUUCCCCGGUGCCUUCUCUGCCUUUUGGUUGUUCUCUCCCAGACCAGAUAGACCAGCUGCUCCACGCCAACCUGAUACUGACUGACGAGGUCAAGAGUGACCUUUCUGACAUGUUUCGCAAAGCUCGGCUCUUUGAAUGGCUUCAAAAUGUGUCAUUAGUUUCCUCAACUUUCAGUCCUCACAACAUAAAGAUUUCAUCCAUGAAUGCAGUCUCGUCUUUAUUAUCUUGGAAGAUAAGAUUACACCAAUUUACGUCACAUACCUUUGCAUCAAGAAUGAAUAAUGGGGAAAAUUACACAUCUUUUAUAACAUAUUUCUUCAACAUCACUGAAUAAAACAUGUCAAGAUUGUCUUUGAUGUUUUAGAGUUGUGUGUUACUGCCAAAAAAAAUGUUGUGGAAAAAUGAAAACUGGGAUUAUUCAUCCUGAUCUGUGUUGGUCUUGAUCUUCGCUUCUUGACAAUAAACAUUUGCUAUUUUAUGUCUUAAGUCAAAGGAGCAGGAUAUCAUGAAGGGUCCACACUGAAUUGUGCUUUUGGAGACACGUCGGAGACCGUCCACUGGUCUUCUCAGAAUACUCAAACUUGACCUCUUUAUGGUGUUGCUUUUCUCUGCCUCUGUUGCUCAUUCAUGUACUGUACAUGUCCCCUGGUUGCAUGUUGCUGUCGGUCAUGGUCGUGGAGGAGGGUGGAUGUUGAGAUGUGUGAUAUCUUAGAUGUUGCAUGCAACCUUCUUACAAUGCCAGUAAAGGCAACAAAUCUACACAGCUGGCAGGAUCUGUAUCCGUUAUAUAAUACUAAUGCAACUUUAUACCCUCUACUGGCCGAGCACACAUGCUUUAACUGGGUGAUUCAGUGAAACUAGUUUUUUAGGAGUAGAGUGGGCAUCUAUAACAAUUACACACACACACAAGCACCAUAUUAAUGUUACCUCAAAUGUUUCUAGGUUGGAUCCUAUGUUUCACUCUGGACUUUGUGCAUCAUUGUGGACAACAACAAGCACACCAACAAGGCAGGAGUAAAACAGAUCCUUACGACUAAAAGGUUUUUAUCAAUGAAAACAUGGGUCUCGACUGAGUUAUGCGUUUCAUAAUUUUGGCAUGAUGCUCACGGGUCCCAACACCAAGGAAUUCUUGGGAAUUAGGUCAGCGGUGAUAGUCAAUUAACUUUCACAGCUGGAAGCAUGGCAUAAUGAUGAAAGCAUUCCCUUAGAGCGGCAGAGGGUCUAGUGUUGAACAUAUCACUGAGAGCAUGUACAAAACUGCUGUUAAUGUGUAGACAGAUAAUGUUGCGCUAUAUCAAAAGUUGUCCUUAUGAUGUCGAUGCAUGCAUGAGAGAACCGUGGGUUUUUACAGUGAGCACACACACUACACACUCACGUCUUCGGGAACAGCUUCUGCUCAGUGUCGUACAACUUUCUGUCUUUCUCUUGAAGUAUUUGAAAUGAUAAAAGGAUCCAGAUUUCUAUAAAAGCUCAUUGUAAUAAUGCUUUGUAAAACAGAAAGUGUUGUAGUGAAUGUUUGAUCUGAAGUGGACAUGAAUAUUGUUAAUAAACUAUUUUUGAGACAAGA